GUUCAGCAUAUUUAAUCUUUGCUAGGCAUGAAACAAAACAAUGGCACUGAAGUGACUGAAUUCAUUCUCCUGGGAUUUGCUGGCCAACACAAGUCUUGGCAUAUCCUCUUCAUAAUAUUUCUACUGAUCUAUGUGGUUACCCUAGUGGGUAAUAUUGGCAUGAUCCUACUCAUCAAGAUUGAUUCUUGCCUUCACACUCCUAUGUAUUUCUCCCUCCAACACCUGGCGUUUGUUGAUCUCUGCUACACCUCUGCUAUUACUCCCAAGAUGUUGCAAAAUUUUGUAGGGACAGAAAAAUCCAUCUCAUUCAUAGGAUGUACAGUGCAAUUACUAGUCUAUGGUGUUUUUGCAACAAAUGUCUGCUACAUCCUGGCAGCUAUGGUAGUAGAUCAUUAUGUGGCCAUCUGUAACCCUCUCCGCUAUCCAACAGUCAUGUCCCAGAGAGUCUGCAUUCAACUCUUAGUUGGUUCCUACUUUAUGGGUUUUCUAAAUGCCUCUGUGAACACAGGUCUUAUUUUCUCAUUGAACUUUUGCAAAUCCAAUAAAAAUAACCACUUUUUCUGUGAUGAACCCCCAAUUCUUGCCCUCUCAUGCUCCAAUAUUUACUUCAACGUCAUGCUACUAACAGUCUUUGUGGGGUUUAACUUGACAUUCACUGUGUUGGUGGUCAUCUUUUCCUACGUAUAUAUCCUGACUGCCAUCCUGAAGAUGUCUUCUGCUGCAGGGAGGAAAAAAGCCUUCUCCACCUGUGCCUCCCAUCUGACAGCAGUCACCAUUUUCUAUGGGACUCUCUCUUACAUGUAUCUGCACCAUGGUGCCAAUGAGUCUCAAGAGGAGGAAAAAGUGGCUUCUGUGUUUUAUGGCAUUAUGAUCCCCAUGUUAAACCUAAUCUACAGCCUGAGAAAUCAAGAUGUGAGAGAAGCCCUAAAAAGGAUUGGAAAGAAGUGGUUCUAG